GGCUUCGGGCUGGAGGCGGGCCAGGGAGACCUUUCCAUCCAUGACCUGUGGACGCUGGAGACAACGCACCGCGUGGCCGUCUUCGCCCGAACCUGGAACAAGAGCACGUCCCGCUGGCUGAGGAGACUCAUCUUCCAGCGCUGCUCAGCCCAGCCGCUCCUAGCCACCUUUGCCUUCUCCGCCUGGUGGCACGGCCUCCGACCCGGGCAGAUCUUUGGUUUCCUGUGCUGGGCUGUCAUGGUGGAGGCUGACUACCGCAUCCACCCCUUCCUCAGCACCUGGGCCACCUGCCAGGGUGUAAAGCUCUUCUACCGUGGCACAACCUGGGUCUUCACACAGCUCAUCAUCGCCUACAUCCUGGUGGCUGUGGAGACCGAGAGCUUCUCCAUGCUCUGCCUACUCUGGACUUCCUGCAACAGCAUCCUUCCUCUCUCCUACAGCCUCGUGCUGCUGCUGCUUGCCAAGAAGCCGAAGCAGAACUGA